AUGGGAAACUGUGCCUCAGGGACAAAGAAGACAUACAACACAACAAUAACUGGAGUGAAUUCCGUUAAUGAUGAGCAGCAGGGCACUUAUAGACAUUUGGUUUUGGUGAUUCAGCCUGACAACAGUCCCCCGCUGCCUCAUGAGGACGUCACGUAUGCAUCCAUCUACCACAGUGGCUCCAAACCCGCCAUGCCCAGAGCCACAGUGGAGACGGACUGCGACUACGCCACAGUGUGCGUACCCAGACCUCCAGAUUCUGACCAGUCCUGCAGAGACGGCUCUUUGGAUUCUCUUGAGUCUGACCAGUCCAGCAAAGAUUGCCCCUUGCAGCACCCUGAGUCUGACAAGCCCUGCAAAGAGCCCCCAGACUCCGAGCAGACCAGAGGAGAAGACAGUGCUGCAGACCAAUAUAUAUGCAUUUACUGA